AUGUUAGUUAAAGAAAUUUCAAGAGAGAUAUUUACGUAUUUUAGUUUUGACGAAGUAAUUGAUAAAAUAGAAGGAUUUAUUCAUGAUGACUUUUUGAAAAGUCUAACUCCAAAUGGCAUCCCUUCACAUGAACUUGUACUAAAAAGAAAUCGUCCUAUUAUGUUGCUUAGAAACAUUAAUCUUUCAGAAGGUUUGUGUAAUGGGACCAGAUUUAUUUAUCGAGAAUUUAAACGAAAUGUUAUUUUAAUCGAAACUGGAAUAUGUGAAUAUCGUGGAAAGCAAGUAUUUUUACCUAAAAUUCCAUUUAUUCCACUUGAAGGAAGUAAGCAUUUAGUACUAUUUAAGAAAACUCAAUUUUCCAUUCGUCCUUAUUUUGCAAUGACCAUUAACAAAGUUCAAGGUCAAACUUUAGAUUUCGUUGGACUAUAUUUGCCUGAACCUGUCUUCUCACAUGGUCAGUUAUAUGUCGCUUUAUCUAGAGCAAGAACAAGAGAAAACAUAAAAGUUAUAAUAAACUUAAAAGAGGAUAUUUUCUCUGCUAAUUCAUCUUUUGUCAAGAAGAAUAACAUUGAGCUAUACAAGGUCUAA